UGCGAAGCCAGUGUCGCGCCGCCUGCGCAGCCUUCGCACGCGUUUAAUGCGCGCCGAUUUUGUUUGUGAUUUUUUCGGGAUUGGAUUGAAAAAUGAUUCGGCUCAUGAUAAUGAUCUCCAUACUGCAGACCAUUGUGGUCCACGGCGCCAAACAGCAGGUGAAGCUCUCCGAAUCCUACCUACCAGUCGCGAUGCAGGUCAUCGCGCACCUCACGGACCAGAUGGCGUUCGAGGUGGAUGAGGUGACGCCGUCCAGCAGGCCCACCACCACGACACAGAAGCCACAGGAUGAAACCACACCCUUCCACGCGCCAGGUCUCUACCAACCAGCAAAGCCGCCAAAACCCGCAGACCGUUACAAGAGCUACCAACAACGCUUCGUUCUCUUACCCUUCGAACAACACGCCCCCUACACCGUCAUCAAACCCCAAGGCACCAGGAACCAAGCUUCCCUCCUCUCCGUACAUCAUGAACAAGUUAAACCCUUAGUGGAACCAAGUCCAAAUGACCCUCAUUUCCUUCCACCACACUUUGACGUCAAAGCUUCGAGAUCUGAUGGUAUAGAUGAGUUUAGUGAUGAAAACCUUCAGUAUCUGUCGAAUAAUGUGAAGGAAAUGAUCAAGAUGGCUCAGGAUCCUAGUGAUAAUGGCUUGGUGGAUGUGUGGGGCGAGGUGAGAGCUGCUCAGACCUCCGCAACAACGCGGGCUAAACUCUCCUCUUCGAAUUUGAGGCUGUUGUUGCUCUAUGACCUUCUGAGCAGAGAUGCCAAGAGGCAGAGACUCUCGGAAUUUUCUGGUUUCGCACCCGACGUGAUGAAGGUCCUUGUUGAAUCCUCAAACGGAGGCGCGCGACAACAGCUUCGCAUCGCCCUGUCCAAGAUGGUUGAACGACACGACUGCGGCCACGAAUACGCCAACAACAGAGCCAGAGAGAUGGUCGAGGAACUGGGGAGGGACGAAUCCAAACUAUCCUCCGAGUUGAGAUACCUGGAGCCAUUAGUUUAUAAGUACUAAGUUACUCUUGCUUCCAGUCGCUGCCUUGGGGCCUCUUCCUUGCGCUGCGAAAAGUAAUUCUUCGGGAACUGGUUUAAGGUCUCAUAAAGAUCUGCCGUCAAAGGCAUCGCAUUAUAGUAUGUUCAGAACAAGAACCGUCGUGAGAUUUGAGGUCGCUACUGUGCUUAAUUACCUCUUUUGUUUAGUUUCGAUAUGUUUCUAUACAAAAAUCCCUAAAAACAACACGCAAGAUCGUUUAUAACAAAGCAAUACGACAUGAAAGAUGAGUUUAACAUCUACCAAAUGGCGGGGAAUGGUUAUUAUGUAAAAUUUGAGAGUUAGUUCACUUUUUGGCCACGACGGUUCUAUUUCUGAACAGACUAUAGUUAAUAUCAUCACUGGUUGCUGCCAUUUAAAGGCUUUGUUUCCGUGACUUGUUAAGAUAGAUGUUAUAAAAAUGCGGAUUAAGGAAACGUGUUUAUUAUCUCCCGAUUCCAAUAAUUUACAACUAGUAAUUACGCGAUAGAUAAGGAUAAACCAAUAAAAAAAACUUGAAAAAAAUACACUUCAAAUUGAUAACUUCCUACGAUUUUAAAGUCGGUUAAAACUAUAUGCAAUAUUUGAAUCUUUAACUGUAAAUUGCAUUUUUUAUAUUAAGACAAAAGCAACAGAAUAUAAAAACAAAAUAUUUUGUAUACACCUUAAAUCAAUUAUACAGAAAAUACACUUCUGCCGUCCAGAGAAAAAUCUCUUAUGAUCCACACUUUUAGACUUGUCAAUGCAUCUUUCUCGAUAAAAGAUAUGAAAUAGGGUCUAUGGAAAGCGUAAAUUUUACUAUAUUACGUGCUAUUAAAACCUUAUGGAUUUAAAGACUUAAUCGGAUAAUAAAACAUUUUUUGGGAAAAAUAAUCAAUACCUUUUUUUCAAAGCAAGUAAUUAUCUAUUUCCCGGUAACUAGUUAUUCUUUUGUUUAAAGUUAUAAAGGUGUAAUAAAAUAAUUUCCGACGGAAUUACAACGUAAAACUUAAUUCUUCGUAAGUUUUUUAUGACUACGGAUUUUUAUUGAAUUUUUUAAUUAUUAUUAAAUAAAGCCCUGCAAAAGGUAAAGUACCCAUUGUGUGGUCUUUUUUUUAUUGGAUCUAUAGGCCGGCGUUACCUAGACGCAAUUUAUUGUUGCGUUAAUUAAUUUUGAAUACUAUUUCAAUCAAGACAAUGUCGAUAAUAGUUUGACAGUAAAAAGUUCUCUAAGAUGCGCUCCGCCAUAUUUGCGCCGGCCCUAAUAAUAAUUAUGUUUUGGUGUUAAUAAGUCAAGAAUUUAAUGUAGUAAUGUAUAUUUGUGAUUGGAAUAAUUAGAAAAUGUUAUGUAUAUAAACGUUCAGAAAAUUUUAAAUAAUAUAAGAUUGAAUUUAUUUAAUUGCAUAUUUAUUCAAAAUAAUUUAUUUUAUAUAACUUUAUGCCAUAAUGCUAUUGCCAUACUUUUCUUCGUUUUUUUUUUUUAUUUUAUAUAGAAAUAAGUCUGAAUUGCUCAAAAAUAAAAUAUUUUAUGUUUUUGAUGUGUGUGGCCAUUUUUAACAACCUUUGCUUAUAGGUUGACAUCUAAAACCCAAUACUUUUAAAAAAAUUGUGGUAAAUCACAAUUAUUAUUGUUUUCUAGAAAUACGAGACCACUAAAGUUAAGCAAUGGUGGGUGAUCUAUUUAUCUAUUUUCAUAAGUUCAGUGCAACAAAUUUAUAAAUAGGUGGCGCUGUUUUUAAUAUUUUCGACGUUCGAUUUUCAAAUAUGAAUUAUAUUGCCCACAGUUAAAAUUAGUUCCGAUUUUUGCCACCUAAGUUACGUUUGCUGGUCUGUAAUAUAUUGUAUCUCAUAUAGCAUUUAGAUAAUAGAGUUUAAAAUAUAUUAUUAUAUGUGAUUAAAAAA